ACGAACCUCAUACAAUUGCAUUUAUCUACCAGCGUACUAAAAGAAGACCCACAGUAAAGAGCCUUCACAGAAUCCAAAUGUAAGUUGAUAAAUCGCACCAUCACCGGACUUCGUUCAGAGUAUAAAUCAAGUAUCCAAACGAUUCCCACAAGGCAAUUCGCAAAUGCCCACUUGGUGACCAUGAAAUCCAGAGUCAAAACAGUGUUGUCUGCUCUUAGCCGGCCCGCCUGUUGGCCCUCCUGUUGCGGAAACAGUUCACCAAUAACCCUUCAUCGACUUCCAACGGCCCUUCCGGGAUGUGUACGUGUUUCUGGACGUAAAUCACAAUCCAGAAAGAUUUCAUGCAGCAAUUUCGAGCAACGGCGGCAUAUAGCAUCAACAAGAUUAAACCGAAAGGCGCAUACCCAGUCUGAGAACACUGUUACUGAUUCAUCUCGUCCGUUAAGUGGAGUCACAGUGGUUAGCAUUGAACAAGCAAUUGCAGCCCCUUUCUGUACCCGACAACUCGCAGACCUGGGUGCUCGUGUCAUUAAAGUCGAGCGCCCAGUAGUAGGGGACUUUGCACGUCACUACGACACACGAGUCAAUGGUUUAGCAUCACAUUUCGUCUGGACGAAUAGGUCAAAAGAGAGUUUGGCGCUUGAUCUGAAAAAUCCUCAAGACCUUCAAGUAUUGAAGAAGCUCAUCGGACGUGCAGAUGUCCUCGUCCAGAACCUGGCACCUGGUGCAAGCGCCCGACUUGGCCUUUCCUAUGAGACGUUAAGGGAACAUAAUCCUGCACUGAUUGUUUGCGACAUAUCAGGAUAUGGGAAUGAAGGCCCAUACAAAGAUAAAAAGGCUUACGACUUACUUGUCCAGAGCGAGGCAGGCAUGCUUUCUGUCACGGGGACAGAAGGUGAACCAGCAAAGGCAGGUAACUCUGUCGCAGAUAUCGCGGCAGGAAUGUACGCAUACAGCAACAUUCUGGCUGCUAUCAUACAACGAGGCAAGACUGGCCAAGGGUGCAAGAUAGAUAUUUCCAUGCUUGAAAGCAUGGUGGAGUGGAUGGGCUACCCAAUGUACUAUACGUACAACGAUGCCCCUAGCCCCGUUCCAUCCGGCGCCGCACACGCUUCCAUAUAUCCUUAUGGACCAUUUAACAGUGGAGAUGGAAAAACAGUUAUGCUUGGCAUUCAGAAUGAAAGAGAAUGGGCAAUUUUCUGUCGGGAGGUGCUGCGCGACUCAAAUCUUGCGACGGACUCACGAUUCUCAAGCAAUAGUCUCCGGGUGAAGAACCGUGAUGAGCUUAAGAGAAUCAUAUGCGACGCAUUUUCGACCUCCAACGCUAAUCAAGUGGUAGAGCAAUUGGAAACUGCGGGAAUUGCAAAUGCGAAGGUCAACGACAUGCACGAUGUAUGGAACCACCCGCAACUUCGUGCUCGAGGGCGCUGGACACAGGUCAAAACGCCUGCGGGUUAUGUGCCAGCUCUAGUACCGCCGGGAAUUGCUGCUUCGGGGUCUCAAGACGCAAGUGGACCUCGAAUGGAUGCCGUUCCUGCUGUUGGCGAACAUAACAAAACGAUUUUGGCGGAGCUGGGCAUGGACAUGUAAGAGGGGCAAGUAUUAGAUGUUGCGUAUUCGAACCCACAUUGCGAAGCACUUAGCGUUGACCUCGCCAAUGUGCAUUCCUGAUACAUAAAUAUGAACGUUAGGAAGUAAAUAUUAAAACAGAAAGCC